CAUUUCAUUCCCAUUCAGAGCACACACACCCUCUUGGUUCCUCUAUCCUUCCCAUUGCUCAUGUUUCCAGAGUUAGAGAAACCUCGAGUCACUGAAAUACAGGUCCGGAUGGACUGUAAUGGAUGUGUUCAAAAGAUAAAGAAAGCACUACAUGGCAUUACUGGUAUAUAUGAUCUCAACAUUGACUUCCCUCAGCAGAAAUUAACAAUAAUAGGGUGGGCAGAUCCAGAAAGAAUUCUCAAAGCCAUUAAGAAGACAAGGAAAAUUGCUACUAUUUGUUCUCACACAGUACCAACAGAGCCCCCUGCUCCACCAACAGAACAAGCACCUCAGGAGGGUGGUGUACCAGCCCCUGAUGCACCAACACCUCCCCCACCAGAAGCUCAACCAGCCGAAGCGUCCCCGCCAACAGAGCCACCAAAAGACCCACCAGCACCACCUGAAAAUCCACCAGCAGAGGCUACACCACCACCACCACCACCACCUAUGGCUCCAGACAAUAACACAAGCCAGCCAACAUACAAACCCUCUGGAUCCAAAGAUGCUGGAGAGGUUCAUGUGAUAUACCACCAUCCACCUGAGUACGGCUACAGAUAUAAUUACAGUCACGGAUAUGGUGGGCAAUGGCACAAGUACCAAAAUGGCCAAGGAUUGCAACAAGAGCCCCCUCAACCCGUGAAUGUUACACAUAGCUAUAACACAUACAAGCCAUCACCGUAUGUAACUGAAUAUGAGUAUGUCAGCUCACCACCACGAAACAUAAAUUACAGUAGGAUGGACCGCUACGCUGAUGACUACCACAAUGGCAAUAAUGGCCAUGGAAAUAUCGCAUCAAUGUUUAGUGAGGAAAAUCCAAAUGCUUGUAGGAUAAUGUAGAAGGGAUGAAAGCCUGUAUGAAAGGGAAGUUCUUUUCCUCCCAGGGAGACUCGGAAAGAAAGUUAAUGGGGAACUAUUAGAAAAAUAAUAAAAUACAGUGGAACAGUAA